UGAUGAUGUUUCCGAGGACCCCAAAAAGAUUGACUACAAGCUUAGUUACCGAGCUCAAUGCGCAUUCCAACUAUUCUCCCACACAUUCAAGGGUGAUCAAGACUAGACAGUAUAGUGAUGAAGAGGAAGAACAGGAAGAAGAUUACCAUGACGAUGAAGAUGAGCAAAGGAGGAGGUUAGGAACUAGCAUCAAUCGAUCACAGAGCUCGAUGAGCCAUAUACUUGAUCGCGCCCAAACAAUGCUUUCCCGUGCAGGUCACCGCGACGACUCAGAUCUGGCUUUAGGCUCUAGUAGAGGUCGUUACCAUAGUGAUGCUUCGAUGAGUUCGAGUUUACGAAAUGUCAUCAGUCAAGAGCAAAUCAGAAGUACGGGCGAGAGAGCAAGGAGAAAAGAAAACGGUGAUGAUGAGUGGAAUAAUCUUCAACAUGAAAGGACUCGUAAAUUGACAAGUCGAUCAACUAUGGACUUGAACCAAUUUGAAUCUUAUCAAAAUAGGAACGAAUUUAAUGAUGAUGAUGGACAAACACCUAUGAAGAAGCGUACGAGUCGGAAUGCACAUUCACAAGGAACUGAUUCAAAGUAUAGGUUUGGAAGAAAUGAGAGAGGAGAUGGUGAAAGUGUGAUGAUGAAUGAAGAAGAAGUAGAAGAGGAAGAAGCGGGAAUGAAGAAAGUAAGAUCUAGAAAGAUGAGUGCAGCAACAGCCGCAUUAGAAAGAUUAAGUCAUUUAGGUGGUAAAAGUUGGGGAGGUCGAAUUUCUUCUGCCAUGAGUAGUAGUGGAUCUGGAUCAGCAAAGAUGGAGGAUUCGAGGAAAAAGAAAGGAGAUAGAGAAGGAACUGAUGAAGGUCUUGGAGAACAUCUUCAAGAAGGAUUUGAUGGAGGACUUGUGAGAAGUUCUACUAUGAUUGAAGGUGGUAGGAAAAGAGGUCAAUCGAUACAUCAAUUAUGGAAGAUGAAGCGAUCAUCGAUUGCUAGAAGUUGAAAAAGAUGUUAUGUAUUGUCAGAUGGAAUAGGUUGAUAUGGGUUUCUUAUUUUGAAGAAUUUGUUGGAUUAGCUGCAGGGAGAGAAAAUGUGAGUGUGAGGGUCACAUAAACAGAUAAAAUUAUUAAUCUACAUCUUUCUGGACUCGACUUUUCCAACCUCACUUUUAUUCUACAAAAAAAAUUAAAGAAGAAAAAAACAAGCAAGAAGAGUAGAAUCUUUUUUGAUUUUUGAUUAGUCGUUAUUUGUCAGAUUUCCAGUCUUUGGGUUAUUAUUGGGUUCUAUGUCUCUGUUAUAAGUAUAUAUAUAUAUAAAUAUCUUUUUUUAUUUCUUUAUUUGAAUUUUCUCUUGUGACUUUAAUCUUCUUUUUUUUUCUCUUUAAAUUGGGUUUCAAUCAAGUUUUUUUUUUGUAAGUUAAUAUGAUGAGAUGAGAUGAGAUGAGAUGUUAUUUUUUUCUUUAUUCUUUGUGGUUUAAUUGUUCUUUCUUUUGGUUUGAUUUCAUGAAACAUGAAAAAAAAAGAAUUAAUGAAUGAGAAGUUGAUUUAUAG